AUGUCGCAACUUAAGGAGAUGUUUGCGUAGUGCACGGAGCAAGACCUAAGUCUUCUCACUUUCUUCUAUUGAGAGGACGUUUUCGACGGUUCUGAAAAAAAAUGAAGACGACGUUCGUCAUGUCUUUACUUGGGGUAAAACUCUUGUGUCUACUGAGUCUUUGUCAAGUUACAUCUGGGACCUCAGUGGAUUCCAUACUUCUUGCUGACCUCUUGAAUAAAGCAAUCUACAAGGUCAACCCAACAACAGGGUCAAACGAAACGCUUCCGUUUGGUCCUCUGUCCAAUCCCGUCGCAGUGGACUAUGACGCAACUUCCGGUUACGUCUACUGGACAGAUGUAGCUGAGCAUAGAAUCCAGAGAGCAUAUCUGAACGGAACAGGGAUGGAAGCCAUAGUCACUUCGAACGCCAUUACUGCAGACGGCUUAGCCCUUGACAUACCAGGAGGAAACGUCUAUUGGACGGAUACAGACCGCAAUGCCAUAUCAGUGGCAAGAAUGGACGGGAAACAUUUCAGAAACGUUCUUUCAACGCAGCUUGACCAACCGCGAGCAAUCGUCCUUGAUCCAGAAAAUGGGUACAUGUACUGGACAGACUGGGGAGCUCAGGCCAAGAUAGAGCGGGCGGCUAUGGACGGGACCGGAAGGGCUACACUGGUCAACGCCGAGCUAUUAUGGCCAAAUGGACUUACUUUGGAUAAAUCAGCCCAACGUCUGUACUGGUGUGACGGUAGAACCUACAAGAUUGAAAGCUCAGACUUAAACGGCUAUGAUAGGCGGCUGUUCUUUUAUCAACAUCCACUCCAUUUCUUCGGCAUAGCUGUGGACGACACACACUUGUACUGGACAGCGUGGAACGUUCGGAGUAUAAUCAGAUCUUCUAAGACGAACGGAGUUCAUGACUACAUUGGGUCGGGCUUUAGUCGUCCAGGCGGGAUCCAUCUCAUGAAAUCAGGACAGGAUCAAACAGUGUCUAACGCAUGCAGCAACCAGAACGGAGGAUGUCAACAUCUGUGCCUGGCCAGGCCUGGAGGGAGGACGUGUGCUUGUCAGAACGGCUGGAGACUCCAGGAUGAUGACGUCACGUGUCAACAAUUAGUUCUUGCGGAACCAAGUAUCGUCUGGAUACGCCGUGACCAAGUUACGAACAUAAACAUUGUGGAAAUGUUGCCCGGUAACAGCACAACUAUUCGGGAUGGCAUAGGAUCUACCCUAACAACAAAACAUAUUUUCAGUGUCAAUCCACCGUCUGCCUUGACUGCGUUGGAUUUCGAUGUCCGGAACCAACAGAUGUUUUGGGCCAACGCUGGUCUGAAAGCUAUUCAUAAGGUCGACUUCUUGAACGACGCAUCAGCAACAACAAUCUUGAGAGGGACGUCAUCUGCAAUCCAAGGCCUGGCUGUUGAUUGGCUGAACCAGAACCUGUACUACACCGACGCGUACUACAACUGGAUCGGGCUCUUCAACACCAACUCCUCCCAUCGUCACGUGGUCGUGCAAACGGGUUUGGAUAGGCCACAGGGCAUCGCUGUACAUCCAAGUAGAGGGCAGAUGUUCUGGAGUGACUGGGGUCUUGAACCAAAGAUCGAGCGAGCGACGCUGUCCGGUCAGGCCAGGACGGUACUGGUCAGCAACAACAUCCAACGUCCUCAUGGGAUGGUCAUCGACUAUGUCAGAAACAGGCUGUACUGGGCCGACAGCGGAGUUGACAUCAUUGGUUCCCUAGACCUGGAUAGCGGAACCCAGAGUGUUUACCGCUACUCCCCGGGCACAAGUUUCUUCGACAUUGCGUUUGAUGGGAUCGGCAUUUUGGCUACAGAUCAGAGCGGAAACGAGCUGCAUGUGAUAGUUGAGGGAGAGGAUGUCAUCGAGGCGCAGCUCCCUGCCGAGCCACACGGUGUAGGAUUCUAUCACGAGAGCAGGCAACAGUGGCAACAAAGUCCUACACGAGGGAACUCCCCUCGCAAAGGCCGACACAAGGGGCACGCUGUCUCCAGUUCCAGCACGAGGGGACUCCCCUCGCAAGUCCUACAUACUAGGGGCACGCUGGCUGUCUUCAGGUACUACACGAGGGAACUCCCCUCGCCAAGGCCGACACAAGGGGCACUCUGUCUCCACGAGAGGGCAAGUCCGACACCACAGUGGUGUUCCUCCAUCAAGUCCGACACCAGAGGAAGUUCAAGUCCGGCACUUUGGAGUUUCUCACCCGACCUGACACAUGGGGACACGGGCCCGUCCUGA